AUGUCGAACGGACCGACCCUCCUCAACAUCCCUCCUCCCCCCUCAGACCCUGUCACUCCCUCAGAUGUUCCCGGCACACCCACCUCCACCACCACAAGCAUGUCCGAGCUCUCCACAGUAGCAAUCAAAGACGGCCACCGCGGCCACCUCCCGCACCACGGCCAAGGCAGCCACGGCCCCUCCGGCCUAGGAACGAGCCAACUCGACGCCGAGCGCGCCGACCGCAUCUCCCGCCUCGCCGGCAUGGAACGUGUCACCGCCCGCACCCCCUCUUCCCUCAGCAGCGGUAACCUCACCCCUGGAGUUGCUGCUGCUCCUCCUACCAACCCCCAUCUCACUCACAGCUACUUUGACGCCACGGGUAAUCCUGCUAUCGGCCGUGAGCGCAGUACAGUCGGCAGCGCGUCUGCUACCGGUAGCGUUGGCGCGCAUACCACCUGGGCUGGGAGCGAAGUUGGCGACGUGGACAAGAUGAGCGAGAGUCAAGACAUGGACAUGGAUACUUCGAGCGUGGGCGGCAUGUCGGAGGAGGGAACGGGGAGUCUCGUUGCGUUUGGCGAGGGCGCGCGCACGCCGGCUCGACAGAGCACGGUUGGGAGUCCGGGGAAGACACACGCUUUCGGUGCGCGCGAUGCCAAGAUCAUUGAUGGUGUGACGUACGAUCGCAAUGUCGUCGAUACUACCAUCACCUCCGACCCGCGCCGUGGGGCAAACAGCGCUGCGCCGUCUGCUGGUGUGGAGGAGGCGGAACGGAUUGUAAGGGAGAUGAACACUACGAGUGCGGAUCGGAUGCGCAAGGGCAAUCCGGCGAAGCCUGGGUUCGAGAAGUAG